AUGCAGAAGAUGAUCACCGCGAGGAUUUUGCUCUGUUUCCUCUGUUUCAUCGCCUUGGUGCAUGGGCAAUCGAAUGGGCAACAGACGAGUCCUGAUACUGCGACCAUGACUGCUCUGAAAAGCUCCCUCAAGCUGUCGUCAAAGCUCAACUGGACCGACCCGAGCCCUUGUGCCUGGACAGGUGUAGGAUGCGACUCAGGGCUUCGGGUCACCCGGAUCCAAAUCGGGAACAGCGGACUCUCAGGAACGCUACCUCCCGAUCUCAAAAACCUCACGUCUUUGACUAUUUUCGAGGUCAUGGGUAACAAGCUAACCGGGGAAAUCCCGAGCCUUUCCGGGUUGAGUUCGUUAGUGAGGGUUUAUCUUCAUGACAAUGGGUUCACUUCCAUCGACCCGGACUUCUUCACCGGUUUGAGUUCCCUUCAGGAUGUGAGUAUCGGCAACAAUCCGUUGGCACCUUGGGAAAUCCCUCCGAGUCUAAAGGACGCGACUUCCCUAGCGAACUUCGCCGCCGGAAACUGUGGUUUCUCCGGUAGGAUCCCGGAUUCUCUUUGGGGCCCAACGUUCCCUAGCUUGAAGGUUCUGGUUCUUUCUGGUAACUCGCUCCAAGGCGAGCUUCCUAUGGGCUUCGCCGACUCGCCUGUUCAGAUUCUGAUGCUCAACGGCCAGCAGGGAAACGAGAAGCUCAACGGAUCCAUCUCGAUUGUGCAGAAGAUGACUUCUUUAACUAACAUCUCACUUCAGGGAAACGGGUUCUCAGGCCCCAUACCGGAUCUUUCCGGUCUGGUCUCGCUGAGAAGUUUUAAUGCCAGGGAGAAUCAGCUCACGGGUAUUGUACCGUCCUCUUUAACCGGUUUGUCAUCUCUCUCUGAUGUGGCUUUGGGGAAUAAUCUGCUUCAAGGACCAACACCAAGCUUCAAGGCUGCAAAGGCUGAUAUGGCUGGCCUCAAUAGUUUCUGCGUAGAUACUCCAGGUACUCCUUGCGAUCCACGUGUCGACACUCUGCUAUCUAUCGUCGAAGCGUUUAGUUACCCGGUGAGGUUUGCGCAGAGCUGGAAAGGUAACGAUCCUUGUAACAGCAAGAGCAUGUGGGUAGGUAUAACUUGUUCCGGAGGUGAUAUCACAGUUAUCAACUUCAAGAACAUGGGGCUCAACGGCACUAUCUCUCCGAACUUUGCGAACCUCACGUCUCUUCAGGUCAUCAACCUCUCUCAGAACAAUCUCACCGGUACUAUCCCACAAGAGCUCACUAAUCUGAGUAGCUUGAAAACCCUAGAUGUUUCGGGUAAUCAGAUUUACGGUGAAGUACCUGAUUUCAAGCCGAACGUUGUCAACACGAGCGGGAAUCCUGACAUAGGUAAGGAUGGCCCUGGACCGGCUCCUGGUUCGUCUUCUUGGAAUGCUGGAAAAAUCGCGGGUUCUGUUAUUGGAGCUGUGCUGUGUUCGCUUCUUAUAGCGUUUGCCGUUUUCUUCUUUGUCAAGAAAAAGAAGCAUUACCAUAAGAUGCACCCUCAACAACAUCCUGGUGACGUCAAGAUUACAAUAGCGAAUCUAGGUGUUGGUGCUGGAAGUAGCGGUAGCGACGCUCAUCAUAUGAUGGAAGAUAGGAACACUGUGAUCUCGAUACAGGCUCUGAGGGUUGCUACGGAUAACUUCAACGAGAAGAAUAUACUCGGGAGAGGCGGUUUUGGGAUUGUUUACAAGGGGGAGUUGGAAGAUGGGACGGAGAUUGCGGUCAAGAGAAUGGAAUCUUCGGUUGUAAGUGGGAAGGGCUUGGAUGAGUUUGCGUCAGAGGUUGCUGUUCUGACCAAAGUUCGUCACAGGAAUCUAGUGAAGAUUCAUGGAUACUGCUUACAAGGCAACGAGAGGCUUCUGGUUUAUCAGUACAUGCCUCAAGGAACGCUGAGUAGGCAUAUUUUCAAUUGGAAGGAGGAAGGGUUAAAGCCUCUAGAGUGGUCUAGACGGUUGAUUAUUGCAUCGGAUGUGGCUAGAGGAGUUGAGUAUUUGCAUACUUUGGCGCAGCAGAGUUUCAUACACAGGGAUCUCAAAUCUUCGAAUAUUCUUCUUGGAGACGAUAUGCAUGCCAAAGUCGCUGAUUUUGGAUUGGUCCGGCUUGCUCCAGAAGGCAACCAAUCGAUUGAGACAAAAAUUGCUGGAACUUUUGGCUAUCUUGCACCAGAAUACGCAGAUGUUCACCUCGCCACAUGGUUUAGGAGAAUGUUCAUCAACAGAGACACAUUCCCAAAGGCCAUUGACAAGACGAUUGAGGUCAACGAAGAGAUACUCGGAAGCAUCAACAAAGUAGCUGCGCUUGCUAGUCAAUGCUGUGCCAGGGAGCCACAACAGAGACCCAACAUGACUCACGUGGUCAGCGUUUUGGUCUCGCUCGUUGAUCAGUGGAAACCGGAGGAACGGAGCCGGGACUCUGUAGAUGCCUAUGGAAUCGAUUACGACGCACCUCUUUCUCCUUUGGAGAUAAUAGAGGGAAUAAACUCAUCUUUCCGUGGAGACAAUACUCUGACGAGUAUACCGUCGCGACCUCCUGAGCUUGACAACACAUUCAAUGCAGGACAAGGAAGAGACCAGCUGGAUUUUGCACGUCCUAGAUAUUUUGAUCAUUUA